ACUGUCAAAUUGUCAUGUCAGUGGUUUUGUAGCAUGGUGCGUUUUGUACGCGAUUUUUCUCGAAACGAGACUAUUAGAAAUCGUUUACCACUGUAUCGAGCGAUUUAUUGUAUUUUCUGACUGUAUAGUGCGUAGACGAGCACUAUCAUUUUCGUCUAGGGAUAUUCUGUGUUAAAAGAACAAACGGUCACAUACGAUUUUGAUUAAUCUUAAAAUCCUCAGUCAUUGUUCAUAUUUAGAGCUCGCGAAACAUGGCCAAAUGGGGUGAAGGCGACCCUCGGUGGAUCGUGGAGGAGCGACCUGAUGCUACCAACGUAAAUAACUGGCAUUGGACAGAAAAAAACGCUGGACCGUGGUCGAAAGAUAGGUUGAAAGAAUUAUUAAAUGACUUAAAAAUAUCCCAGAACGGUGUGGAUUGUAAAAUAACUGAAUUAGAAAAAAUCGAAGGCGAAGCGUCGGCGAACAAUAGGAAAGGAAAGCUUAUAUUUUUCUAUGAAUGGGACAUCAAAUUGAAGUGGGAAGGAAAAUUAUCAGGUGGCAGUGAUGUUGUGAAAGGUGAAGUGCAUAUUCCGAAUCUGUCGGAGGAAAAUGACGUCAGUGAAGUAGAUAUGACUGUAACAAUUAAAGGUAGCGGUGAAGAGGCUCAACGGGUGAAGGCAUUCAUGCACAAUGUGGGCCGAAAUGAAAUACGUACGCAACUCAAAGAGUACAUACGAAGUCUCAAAGAAGAGUUUUCAAAAGGCCUCAUACUCCCCAAGAAAGGUGAAAACUCUGUGAAGCCGGACAAUGUCUCAACCAUAACGAGUGGUUUCAAUAAGAAAAUUAAUAUGGAACCAGUAAUAUCACCGGAGAAUAAACAAAUUGGUUGUAAAUUAGAUACAAAAUCUAUUGAGAUGUCUGAGAAGUUUCAAUGUCGUGCAGAGGAAUUUUAUAAUGCAAUGACUCGAAUAGAAAUGGUUACAGCAUUUACUCAAGGACAUGUCAAGUUGGAAGCUGAGAAGGGUGGCAAAUUUGCAUUGUUUGGUGGCAACAUUACUGGGGAGUUCCGUGAGCUGGUCCCUGGGAAGAAGAUAGUGCAGUACUGGCGAUAUAAGCAGUGGCCUGAUCAGCAUUUCUCUGAAGUUACCUUUAAUAUAGAAGAAAAGGAGGACCAUACGCUGGUAACACUGAAGCAAGUGUUGGUCCCCGCAUCGGAAGUAGAACAAACGCAAGAGAACUGGCGGCGAUACUACUUCGACAGUAUUAAACGCGCGUUUGGUUUUGGGGCAUUCCUCUGAUCUGUUACAAACACGCAUAGACAAUUUAGGUUCAAUUAAUAAGCGAUUCGUGAAGAAAUUGGCUUCCCGCCCGAAUGAAAUACCAGUGAUUUGAUAAUUUGUAAUGCAACUGUGAUUUAUAAUUUACUUGUAUAGUUCACGUUCAAUUACUACGUAAUGCAAUUGUUGAAGUUUUUUACCUUCGCCCCCCCCCCCCCCCCCCUCCCAUGUUAUAACAUCUAUUACCCUAAGGUCUUGUAAAGUUGUCUUGAAUAGAUUGCUCUCAGCAAUAAGACCGUCUUGUUGUACUUAUACAAUUGUAUCGUUAUAUUUAUGAAUUGUCUUGUUUUCCCCUAUAUUGUAUAAUGCAAAUAAAGUACACGUACAAUUCAUUCAUAACAUAAUCCCGUCAUGACCUUUUUUUGUACCCUCUCGCCUCUAAAGAUUAUGUAACAUCCAACUGACCAUUAUUAAAAGUCACAAUACUAACGGCUACUGACAACGAAAACAAAAAUGACGUACAUUACAGUCGAGCGAUGUCCCAUAAAACAAAUGAAUAGGGUUAGCAACUUGGGAGAUUUUAAUUCCCUAGUGUUUUAAUUAAAUAAAAAAUGAAAACAAUCUUACGUAACGUAUUGUUCGGAUUCCCCUUCUGAUCCUGUAACACUCGUAAUGUUUUACAAGACCUCCUAUCCUCCCUCCCCCCUCAAAUUGCGUUACAUAAUACUUGAACGUUACCCAUAUUUACCCAUAUACAGUCUACAUACGACUGGCAGGCUUAUAAGCUAAAGCGAUGGGUCUGAGCAGACGAGAGAUUAUUCUCGCCCCUUUUUUUGUUUUUAAAACUAUAUAAUGAUAUGUACCAGUGAGCGAUGAUAGAUGAGGAUGAAAGCAGGUCAGAUAGCCCAUCGUGACUAAUUCCACAAGAAUUAGCCAUGAUGGUUUUCAGAGGGAACCGCGAGGAGGUCGACCUGAUAGGAUGUAUUGCUAGCAAAGUAGCUGUUACAUCCCCAUUACUAACAAUUCCUUCCUCCUUCUAUACUUUGUAAUGGCAAAAUAAAAAAAAAAACUUAACUGAUAAAAAAAAAAACUUGUACAAAGCUACAUUAUCAACUACAAGUAAUGUAUGUAGUAUAUAUUAAAAAAAAAAAAAAAUAGAAAUUUAUCUAUCGAUCCCUGUGGAGCCAGGGUGGGUAGUAUGAUUUAUGUUACUGUAUGUUUUAAAUUCAGAAUUUACGAAACUUUAUUAAUUUUCACCCACAAAAUCAACAUUCAUUCUUCUGGCUGAGAAUUAGAUCAUUUAAAUAUCAGCCACAGAGUAUUUACAAACAAGUCUCUCGUCUGUGCAAACUCCUUAUACUGUUUAUUGUUCAAUAGCGUAAAUUAUAAAUUUAUUUAUAAUGAAAUUUAAGCUAAAAGCGAAUUAUUUUUGAAUUACAAAAAAAAAAUCUGUACAACAGAUUUUUACUUAAGUUUUUUUAGCUUACAAGUCUGCCAGUAAGCUGUAACUCACCGCAUCUUUGCUGGAACACUGUUUAGUUUGCUAUUUUCUUAAGUAGCGGUUGUAUAAUGUAUACUUUUUUUUUUAAUUUAUGGAAUGUCCAAUAAAUUAUGUUAGAACA